CUCUUCCUCUCCCGGGCCGGGUCUAGAUAGAGUUGCCAUUGCUGAGCUGCCUGAGCUUUCUCAAUUCUCUCUAUCUGACUUGUCAUCAAUCAUAGUAGCAAGCUCCACCAUCAAUCAAAUAAUCUACUCUACUGGAAGUAAAAACGUGGAGAUGGAUGAGAAAAUUGAAACGAGAAAAUGAAAAAUAUAAUCCAGGGAAAGUGACAUUGGAAUGAACUGCUUAUCACGCUUGUCUUCAUAUACAGCUUCUAUAUUUGGAAGAACAAGCCAUUUCAUCGCAACAACUGCUACCAAUUCACACCAAUCUUGGAUUCCCUUUUGGAGAAGGAGCUGUGUACAUCCUGGUCUCCAUUUAGAAUUUCUUUCCACCAGAUUUCGCGUCCAGUGCUACUCGUCUCGAAAACCGAGUUUAAAAGCUUCGGUUAAGAAAAACAAGGAUCCUCAGCCAACAACAGUUAUGGACCAUGAGAAUGAUGCUUUCUUUGUUGUGCGGAAAGGAGAUGUUGUUGGUGUUUAUAAGAAUUUUGCUGAUUGUCAGGCUCAAGUUGGAUCUUCGAUAUGCGACCCUCCUGUCAGUGUCUACAAAGGGUACUCGCUAUCCAAGGACUCUGAGGCCUAUCUUGUUUCCCAUGGGCUUCAGAAUGCAUUAUAUACUGUCAGAGCUGCAGAUCUGAAAGAGGACCUUUUUGGCAUGCUCAUGCCUUGCCCUUUCCAGCAACCUGCUUCUUCCGAUGCUGAAACAUGCAAAAAUGAUACAAAAAAGAGAUCACGGGAAGUCCUGGGAUCAGAAAUCACAGACACACCUGGAUCAACAUCUAUGAUGAGUAAGCAUGCCAAUUUGGAUAAUCAAGCUGAGUGUCAAGCACAUAAUUCCAAUAGUAGAUCCUGUCUUCUUGAGUUUGAUGGUGCUUCAAAAGGAAAUCCUGGACAAGCCGGGGCAGGAGCUGUCCUACGAACUGAUGAUGGAAGCUUGAUCUGCAGAUUACGGGAAGGACUAGGCAUAGCAACCAAUAAUAUGGCUGAAUAUCGAGCCAUCUUAUUGGGAAUGAAGUAUGCUCUUCAAAAAGGUUAUACAAAAAUUCAAGUAAAAGGCGACUCCAAGCUUGUCUGUAUGCAGAUUCAGGGUUCAUGGAAGGCCAAACAUGUGAACAUCACCAACUUGUGCACAGAAGCUAAAAAGCUGAAGAAUAGUUUUCUUUCCUUUCACAUCAGUCAUGUUCUACGGGAAUUUAAUUCUGAGGCUGAUGCUCAAGCGAACCUGGCCGUCCAUCUAGCUGAUGGUGAAGUUCAAGAGGAGUUUGAGUAGUAUCCGUCUAAUGACGGUAGCCUACUACAUACAUUUCAUUUUAAAUAGACAUCAAGUACAGUACAUUCUUGUUUAUCCAUUGUUCUUCAGGCUAAAAGAUUUCUUUGGAAGUCUUGGUUGGAAGAGCGAAGCACGACUCUCAGUUGCAAGGAUUGGAGUUCAUUGCCAAAGUUUUUUUUGUGCAAAACAGCUCACAUUUGUCUUGGAUGGUACAAUUCUCCAUGGACCACAUGAGCAUGACUUUUUAUGGGAGAGUAUAACUUCCGAACAUUUUGCAUGGAUAGUAGUGAUUAGAGAAAAUCUCGAAGUGUUUCUCAAACCUUUUACAUAGAUCUAUGUUCAGGCGUUACGUGCAGUCCACAGUUUGUUCGUCAAGUCUCGCAGUCGACAUUUUCCUAUUUGUUAUCAUCAUGGAUUGCAGUGAUCGGAAAUACAAGCUAUUUUGUUUAAGAACA